AUCUAUAUUAGAAGUAAAAAUUAAAUCUGGAAAAUGGAUACCACCAGAGAGUACAAUGCCUUAUGAAUUUAAAGUAGAAGGUAUAGAACCUAGGAAGAAGGAGGGUGGUAUGUUUGUCAACUUUUCAUUUCGUGCCGACCCUAAACUUAAAGAAUCUGCAUUGGAAGAGAUUGAAAAUCACAUUAAAGAUCAUUUAAACGAAAAUAAAUUGGUCCCAUGGUUUAAUUUCCAGCCGAACAAGGCUUACCUUGUUGAGGGUGAACCUUUUAUUGAGGAUUUGGUUCAGAGAUAUCCAGCAAGUCGCCUGCGCGUUGAAUUUAAAGGAACUGAUGUUUCAAUAGAACCUCUGUUCUACACAUUUCGAAAAUAUGGUUUAAUUCGUGACAUAAAUUUACAUCAAGAAUCAGCCAAAGAACCUCCACGAUAUGCGCUCAUAGCUUAUUCAAACAUGAGAUCAGCUGCCAGUGCUAGGAAUUGUGUCCAUGGAAAAAUUAUUAAUUCCACAAGAUUGAAUAUUUUUUAUGAUCAACCUCUUAAAUCAAAUCUUAUAUACAAUUGGAUGGUUGCGCAUCCAAGAAUUUCUGUUCCACUCAUUGCCGCUAUAAUUGCCGGGGUUUCAUAUAUUAUCUUUGAUCCUAUCCGAGUUUUCUUUAUCGAAUCUAAACUUACACAACGUUUUAAUUUACAAGAAUAUCGUAUAUAUCAAUGGCUUAAAAGGCAGGCAAUUGAACGUAUAUUAUAUCGGAAUAAAUCAAUCUAUGAUCCAUUGGCUGAUAUAAGUAUCUGGAAGGAGCGAGAACAGGAGAAGCAAAAAUUACGAAAUUGGUUAAAGGAACCUCCAGAAACGUUCAUUGUCUUGUUGGGUCCAACUGGAACUGGCAAAAGCAAAUUUAUUGAACAAGUGAUUCAAGAUAAAAAGAAUAAGAUAGUGAUUAAAUGUGAUGAAAUUUUAAAUUCACACAAUGAACAUGAGCUUAUCUUGAGGUUGGCAAAACAAGUAGGAUAUUUCCCUGUGUUCUCAUUAUUAAUCUCUAUGUCAAAUCUUAUCGAUGGGUUGGCAAGCGCAAUGAUUGGAAAUAAAACAAUUGGUUUUUCAUCAUCUGCCGAUACAGAAAUAAAAAAGAUUCUUGAUACGUUAGCGAUCGCAUUACACGAUAUUGCUCCUGUUUCUCUAAUUAGAAAACAUCAAAAGAAAUCAAAUAAUUUUAUUGAACCUCAAUUUGUAGAAUCUUAUGAUCCUGCUGAUAUUCCAAUCGUGGUGAUUGAUUCAUACAUGACUAAAGAUACAACUGAAAGGCAAGAAAUUUGGAAUCAUUUAGCUAAAUUAGCUGCCUUGUUAGUUGAUAAUGGUGUUGCACAUGUGGUGUUUGUAAGUUCUAAUGUGGGAAUUAUUAAGAGUUUGAGUAAAGUAUUUCCCAACAAGACAUUCAACCAUUGCAACCUUACUGAUGCACCUGUUGAAAGAGCUGUGAACAUGGUUAAAAUGAAUGUUGAUGGUUACAAUAUUGAAGGGUUAGAAGACUUUGUUGGAAUUUUGGGUGGCAGGUUAACUGAUCUGAGAUUUUUUAUAAAUAAAAUUCGUGGUGGGCAAACUCCUCGAGAUGCCUUAAAUGAUUUAAUAAAAAAAGCCAAUAUUGAGAUUCGAAAGAUUGGCUUUGGUGAUGAUACGGAUGAUGCAAAAACUAUUCCCUGGAAGGGGAUACAAUUUUGGAAAGUGAUGAAAGAAUUGGCUCGAAAUGAUCGUGUAUGUAAUUUUCUCUAUUCAAAGACGUAUUUGUAUGAUAUGUGA